UGAACGGAAUUGACGUGCGACUUUAUUUGAAUGCUCGCCCUCGCUCUGCGCGCAUCUCUUCGCCGCCAUCGACUCCCCCUUCUCCUCAUACCACGCAUCAGCCGCGCACGGAACAUGUCGACACCCAGCGCUGAGUCGCUGAACCAAGAGAUCGCCCAGCAGAAGGCGCUGCUCGCCGACCUCCGCAAACAGCGGGCAGAUGCUGCGCUGCUUGACGAGGCAAAGAAGAAAUUGGCAGACCUUCAGAGGGCUCAAGCAGUCCUGCAAAAUGCGUCUGGUGCAAGGGACUCGGGAAAGAGGAAGGAGCGGAUGCUGCUCAAGACUCCAAAGGGCACACGCGACUAUGGCCCGAGCGAGAUGUUCUGUAGGGAACACAUCGAGCGCAUCGUCAAGGAAUGUUUCACCACAUACGGCGGCGGCUGCCUCGACACGCCCGUCUUCGAGCGCAAAGACAUCCUCGCCGGCAAGUACGGCGAGGACGCGAAGCUCAUCUUCGACUUGAUGGAUCAGGGAGGAGAGCAGCUGGCACUGCGAUAUGACCACACCGUCCCGCUCGCUCGAUACCUCGCUAUGAAUGGUGCCAUCAGCGCACAAGCGAAGCUCUGGCAGGUCGGGAAAGUGUACCGACGAGACAAUCCGGUGAUGUCGAAAGGGCGGAUGCGGGAGUUCUCACAAGCUGACUUUGACAUCGCGGGUGUAUGGGACCCCAUGAUACCCGACGCCGAACUUGUCAGCCUUCUAUGUACGAUCAUGACGCGACUCGACGUCGGCGAGUUUACGGUCAAGAUCAACCACCGAAAAAUCUUAGACGGCAUCUUUGAGGUCUGCGGCGUCCCAGAAGAAAAGAUCCGGACAAUCUCCUCUGCUGUUGACAAGCUGGACAAGCUUCCCUGGAUAGAGGUCAAGAAAGAAAUGACGGACGAGAAAGGCCUCGAUGCUGCUGUCGCUGAUAAAAUUGGAGAGUACGUGAAGCAUAAAGGCGGGCCUGAACUGCUUGCGCGACUCCGGGCAGACGAGGCUCUCAUGGCCAACGCUCACGCCAAACUCGGUAUCGAAGAAAUGGGCAUCCUCUUUACCUACCUCAAAUCCUACAAGGUCAUUGACAAGCUAUUAUUUGACCUCUCGCUAGCGCGAGGUCUAGACUACUACACUGGCAUCAUCUAUGAAGCCAUCGUUGAGGCAUCCGCACCGCCCGGGUUUACACCCGCCGAUGCCUUCCCCUCCUCCUGCACGCCCUCCUCCGCUCCCCCCGCUCCCGCUCCCAAGAAAAAGUCCAAAAAGGCCCCUGCGGACGAGGAAGAGGAAGAGAUCGACGAGUCGCAGGUCGGGGUCGGCUCGAUCGCCGCAGGUGGGCGGUACGACAACCUCGUGGGGCUGUUCACCGCGGCCGCGGCGGGAGAGGGGAAGAAGACCGCGGGGCUGCCGUGCGUCGGCGUGAGCUUCGGGCUCGAUCGCGUGUUUGCGCUCGUGUGGCCGAAGUGGGUCGCGAAGGGCAUGCGCAGCAAGGAGACGAUGGUGUAUGUCAUGGCGGCGGGCGACGGGCUGCUCGCGGAGCGCGUUGAGCUCGUGCAGGAGCUGCGCGCGGCGGGGAUCAAGACGGACUUCCUGUUCAAGAAAAAGCCGAAGCUCCCCGCGCAGUUUGCAGCGGGCGAGCGCGACGAGGUGCCGUUCGCAGUCAUCCUCGGUGGGGACGAGCUCAAGGAGGGCCUCGUCACGGUUAAGGAGCAGAAAUGGGAGCUCGUCGAUGAUAGGAAGGUCAAGAUCGAGUCGACAGACAAGGGCGUGAAGGUGAGACGGGACGAGUUGAUUGCCUGGCUCAAGGAGACCUCGACUUUUAAGGAAUGGGCGAGUGGCAAAUGGUGUUGAUAUCCAUAAGGUGCUGGUGACUGGCGUGGUUGGUUGGUCUGGGUGAUAUCAAUGUAUCUAUAGACGUGCUGCUACGCGCCAAUAGGUGGAAACAUGGCUAAUCGCGAUCAUCGAAUGAGUACGAGACG